ACACAUUCGUUUUGUUGACACACUUCAUAAUUAAAUAUUUCAAAAAAAAACACAAGAAACCAAAAAAGUAGCAGCUUCCUAGCUGCCGUGUUACUCGUUAAAAAGAAAACAAACCGUCCCCCUGAAAGACCAUGGACCAAAAUGAACAUGCUCUGGGAAAUGUGCCCGAUGAAGAAUCAGAGAAUGAUCGACGGCCAGCGUUGUGGCUGGAUGCACCAAACGAGCCGCCCCUUGGUAUUGCUCCCGUGCAAUUUUUGGUACCGUUGCCGAUGCGUUCGCGAAGGAAGAGAAACUUCUGCACCUCCUCUACUGCCUUUCAGACGCAAACGUCAGAGUCCUGCGCGCUUAUGAGAAACGUUCAGCGCGCCAUGGUCGAAGCAGAUCCAGAGAACCCGAAGGAGUUCUUUGUAAACUAUAUGAUUCAGAAUCUGAACAGUCGAAACUAUCCGGGUGGGGUAGGACUCCCAUCUCGUUGGGGGCAAUCUUGAAAGUUAUACAAAAUACAUAUAUUAAUGGUCAAUAAUUACAAUCAAACAAAUUUGUAUUAGCUUCACGAAUGUUUCAAAAUGUAAGCUCAACUGCUGCUUCAUGUGUAUUUUGUUUUUGUAACAUCUAGACCGAAGAAUGGUACACCACAUGUUAUACAAAUGUAUAAAUGUAUAUAUGUAAACGUUCAGCAUGACAAAAUAAAUCUAAAUAAAUAAAUAAAUCUACCCUUUCCACAACUGAA